UGCUGGGACCCUACGGGCCGGGCGAUGUCCGCCCGCGGUGCAGCACCCGAGCCGUGGGCGGGGCCGUUUGCAGAAGGCUUUCCGCCGUCUGCUGGUCCUACUCGAGUGGCCGGGUGCUGGGCGGGGCGGCGCGGGCGGGCCGCCCCUGCCAGGCUGCGCCGCCUUUGCUCGGGGAUGCUCCGGGUGCGGGGCGGAUCGGCUCCUUCCCGGGCUCCUCCCGCUGCCCCGGCGCCUCGGCCACGUCUGAAAGCGGCUCAUUGUCUCCGUAGGCAGCUCGGAUCCGUGGCGGUGCUGGGAGGCAGCGGGAAGUAACAAGAAGAAAAAAUGUCUAAAUGCAGCUAGAUAGCAAAUGCUUAUAUGUAAAACUCUCGAGAUGAUCUUCAUACAGGAGGAUUCUUAUUUUCCUAAUACCAUGCCUGCUAACACUGCUUACAAGUGGAGUCUGCAAAAGUGAGAGCACAAAGGGCUUUUUUAAUUGCUUUUCCUCGGUGAGAAUGGCAAGGAUUCGGAUUCCUAGCACAAUCGUUAUACUUUUUGUUACGGUUCAGACUGGAUUCUUACUCUUCAUGUAUGCCCGGUACAGUAGCUUCAUGCCUCAGUCUGAGGAGAAACCAUCUCAAGUCCACAUCCUCAUUCUCUCCUCUUGGCGGUCGGGAUCAUCUUUUGUCGGUCAACUUUUCAGCCAGCACCCCAGCGUCUUCUACCUGAUGGAGCCCGCGUGGCACGUGUGGGUUACAAUGUACCAGAACAGUGCCAAGGUCUUGCACAUGGCAGUGCGGGACCUAGUCAGGUCGGUCUUUCUGUGUGACAUGUCUGUGUUUGAUGCUUACAUGCCUUGGAAAAGAAACUUAUCCGAUCUUUUCCAGUGGGCAGUGAGUCGGGCUCUGUGUUCAGCUCCUGCUUGUGACUCUUUUCAACGUACUGACAUAACCAGUGAAAUGGCAUGCAAGACUCUUUGUGGACGGUACCCGUUCAGCAAGGUGGAGGAAGCCUGUAAAACUUACAGCCAUGUUGUCAUCAAGGAGGUUCGAUUCUUUGACUUGAAGGUCCUCUACCCCCUUCUCACUGAUCCAUCCCUGAAUCUCAAAAUUAUUCACUUGGUCCGUGACCCCAGGGCAGUUGUCAAGUCACGGGAGCAAUCGGUCAAAGCGUUAGCCCGUGACAAUGGAAUUGUUUUGAGUACCAAUGGCACUAAAGUGGAAGACAGCAAAUACAAAGUAAUGCAAGAGAUUUGUAGAAGUCAUGUUCAGAUUUAUGAAACAGCUACUCUAAAACCACCUAGUUUCCUUAAAGAUCGCUAUUUAAUGAUCCGUUUUGAAGAUCUGGUCAGAGAUCCAUUAUCAGAAAUCUCAGAAAUGUAUCAAUUUGCAGAGCUUAGUUUGACCCCCGUGCUCAAAAGCUGGAUCUAUAAUAUCACACAUGGACAGGGACCAGGAAAAAAAAAAGAAGCCUUCAAAAUCACAUCUCGAGAUGCAGUUAGUGUUUCACAGGCCUGGAGAAAUGUUCUUUCCUUCCAGAAAAUUAAGAAAAUACAGGAAGUUUGCAAAGGUGCUAUAAACAUGCUUGGCUAUCAGCUGGUGGAUUCAGAAAAAGAGCAAAGAGAUCUGUCCUUGGAUUUAGUGUUGCCAAGACGACAAAAUCAAUUCAGUUGGUCAUCAUUUAAUCCAAAGCACUGAGACAUUAUUUUUGAGAGAUCGGGAGUGGGGGGGUAGGGGGGUGUAGACAGUUGAGUAUUUGUCUACUGUGCAGCAUAUAGGUAAUUUGAAAAUCCUUGGCCGAUGAGUUUAGCUAUCUUCCUGUCUGCUGUUUUUCCAUAAGGGAAGGAGUUUUUUUCUGAGUUUCUUACACCGCAAAAACAAAACAUGAGAAAUCCUGCGAGAUGCUUAUCAGAUUACAAAUUUACAGCUGAGCUGUUCUCAGCAUCGUUUUAAAAAUAUAAUUUAAGUACUUUCUAUUAAAAGGUGAAUUGUCAAAGAUGUCUUUGUUCAUUGAUAAUAGUUCACUUCUGUUUUCAUGCUUUAAAUAUUUAAGAAUUUCAGUUCUUAAUUUGUAUAAAUGGAACAAAGUAGAAACUAAAUUCCCUCACUUUCUCCCAGAA